GCGGUGCGAGUGCGGAGCGCGCACCCCGGGCGAGGCUGACAGAUCGCCCCGGUAGGUGCAAGAUGGCGCAAGUGGCGCUCCCCUGGCGCCCCCAGCGCUCCUAGGCAGGCAUGUGGCCCCAGCCCCCCGCUGCCCGGGCUCGGCCCCGGCCGGAGCCCCGGCCCCGGCCCCGGCGCCGGCCCCGCGGGACGCUGUGAGCUGCGAGAGGCCCUGGAGCCGCGCGUCGCCGAAGCAAGCGGACCGAGAGAGCCCCAUGGCUGCUCCGCGCGCCGCGCCCCCGCGUCGCCCGCCCGCGCCGCGCGGGCCCCGGCUCCUGCUGCCGCUGCUGCUGCCGCUGCUGCUGCCCGCGCCGAGCGAUGGUCUUGGCCACUCUGCUGAACUGGCAUUUGCUGUGGAGCCAAGCGAUGAUGUUGCAGUCCCUGGUCAGCCUGUAGUGUUGGGCUGCAGGGUGGAAGGGACCCCUCCUGUGCGAAUCACCUGGAGAAAGAAUGGGGUGGAGCUGUCAGAGAGUACCCACUCCACUGUGCUAGCCAAUGGGUCCUUGAGGAUCCUCCACUUCCGGCUGGAUGGAGGAAGCCACCCUUCAGACGAGGGGGACUAUGAGUGUGUGGCUCAGAACCGUUUGGGGCUGGUGGUCAGCCGGAAGGCUCGCAUCCAGGCUGCAACCAUGUCGGACUUCCACGUGCAUCCCCAGGCCACUGUGGGUGAGGAGGGGGGCGUGGCCCGCUUCCAGUGCCAAAUCCAUGGUCUUCCCAAACCCCUAAUCACGUGGGAGAAGAACAGAGUCCCCAUUGACACAGACAAUGAGAGGUACACAUUGCUGCCCAAGGGGGUCCUGCAGAUCACAGGACUUCGGGCUGAGGACAGUGGCGUCUUCCAUUGCGUGGCCUCAAACAUUGCCAGCGUCCGUGUCAGCCACGGGGCCAGGCUCACUGUGUCAGGCUCAGGCUCCGGGGCCUACAAGGAGCCCAUGAUCCUCGUGGGGCCUGAGAACCUCACCCUGACGGUGCACCAGACCGCGGUGCUGGAGUGUGUCGCCACGGGCAACCCGCGCCCCAUUGUGUCUUGGAGCCGCCUGGAUGGUCGCCCCAUUGGGGUGGAGGGCAUCCAGGUGCUGGGCACAGGGAACCUCAUUAUCUCAGAUGUGACCGUCCAGCACUCGGGUGUCUACGUCUGUGCGGCCAACAGGCCUGGCACCCGGGUGAGAAGAACAGCACAGGGCCGGCUGGUGGUCCAAGCCCCAGCAGAGUUUGUCCAGCACCCCCAGUCCAUUUCCAGGCCAGCUGGGACCACGGCCAUGUUCACCUGUCAAGCCCAGGGUGAGCCACCCCCCCACGUCACGUGGCUGAAGAAUGGACAGGUGCUGGGGCCAGGAGGCCACGUCAGGCUCAAGAAUAACAACAGCACCCUGACCAUUUCUGGAAUCGGCCCUGAAGAUGAGGCCAUCUACCAAUGUGUGGCCGAGAACAGUGCUGGCUCCUCACAGGCCAGUGCCAGGCUGACUGUGCUGUGGGCUGAGGGGCUUCCCGGGCCCCCCCUCAAUGUGCGGGCAGUCUCCGUAUCAUCCACUGAGGUCCGCGUGUCCUGGAACGAGCCCCUGGUCAACACCAAGGAGAUAAUAGGCUACGUUCUGCAUAUCAGGAAGGCCACCGACCCACCGGAGCUAGAGUAUCAGGAAGCAGUCAGCAAGAGCACCCUUCAGCACCUGGUGAGCGACCUCGAGCCCUCCACUGCCUACAGCUUCUACAUCAAGGCCUACACACCCCGGGGAGCCAGCUCCGCCUCGGCCCCCACGCUGGCCAGCACCCUAGGUGAAGCCCCCGCCCCACCCCUGUUGUCAGUGCGGGUGCUUGGCAGCUCCACCCUGCAGCUGCUGUGGGAGCCCUGGCCCCGGCUGGCCCAGCACGAGGGCGGCUUCAAGCUGUUUUACCGCCCGGCAAGCAGGGCCUCCUUCACCGGCCCUAUCCUGCUGCCCGGAACUGUCUCCUCCUACAACCUCAGCCAGCUCGACCCCACUACAGUGUAUGAGGUGAAGCUGCUCGCCUACAACCAGCAUGGGGAUGGCAACGCCACAGCCCGCUUUGUGUCGUUGAGGGGAGCAUCUGAGAGGACAGCCCUGAGCCCACCGUGUGACUGCCGGAAGGAGGAAGCCACCAACCAGACAUCCACCACGGGCAUCAUCAUUGGCAUCCACAUCGGGGUCACCUGCAUCAUCUUCUGUGUCCUCUUCCUCCUGUUCGGCCAAAAGGGCAGGGUCCUCUUCUGUAAGGAUGUAGAAAACCAGCUGUCCCCUCCUCAGGGCCCCCGGAGCCAAAGAGACCCUGGCGUCCUGGCUCUGAAUGGGGCCAGACAGGGAGAGCGGGGCCAACGGGGCCGAGACGAGAAAUGUAUAGACAUGAAGGAACUGGAGCAGCUGUUCCCUCCGGCGGGGGCAGCAGGCCAGGCAGACCCCAGACCUAACCCCAGGCCCAUGCAGGAUCCUGCGGCCCCCACCCUGUGUGAGGAGACCCAGCUCUCCGUGCUGCCUCUUCAGGGGUUCGGCCUUCUGGAGGAAAGGACAUCGGAGGCCAAGCCCUGUGCAAGCCCCGCGGCUGUCCUGCCGCCGCAGGAGGCAGGCCCUGGCCAUUGAGGGGAAGCGCAGGCUACCUGGCCUUCCACAGCACCCGCUGCCCAGCCAGCUCUCUCGGGACAGUAGCCAGCGUCUGGCAGAUUCUGGAGACAGGCAGCCCCCCAUUCUCAGGUCAAAGGCAAGAUUUCUCCUGUCAUGUGGGAUACAGAUGGGGGCUCCCCAGCAUUUCUGUCCUGACUGCCCCUCAGGUUGUCAAGACCUAAAAUAGCUUCGGCAGGGAAACUCCCAAGGACCUGGAGGGGUCCCUGCAGGAGCCCCUCCCUUGGGCUAAUGCCCCCUUACUUGGUACCUAAUGCCUCUACUUGGUAUUCACAUGACUUGGAACUGAACUAAUGUUUUCCUUUUUUAAAAAAAAAAAAAA